GUCCCGAGAGGUGCAGUGGGAGUGAGCCCCCAGGUCCUGCCCCAGCGUGGCUUUGCUGCGGCAGGCGAGCUGAGGUCACUCGUAGCCAGCCCAACGCCCUCCGUGGAGCACAGCCCCUGUCACUGCACUCGCGCCACACAGCCGAGAGGCAGAAGCACUGCGUCCCCGCUGGAGAAGGAGCAAGGCCAUUCCCUGGGCAUCCUCGCAGCAUCAUGACUCUCCAGGCUGACUUUGAUGGUGCUGCAGAAGAUGUAAAAAAAUUAAAAACAAGACCAACUGAUGACGAACUGAAGGAACUAUAUGGAUUCUACAAACAGGCUACUGUUGGAGAUAUUAAUAUUGAAUGUCCAGGAAUGCUAGAUUUGAAAGGCAAAGCCAAAUGGGAGGCAUGGAACCUGAAAAAAGGUUUAUCGAAGGAGGACGCCAUGAAUGCCUAUAUCUCUAAAGCAAAAGCAAUGGUAGAAAAAUAUGGGAUCUAGAAUACUCAAAAUAAU